AUGGGUGGCUUCUCAAGCCCCGAGGACGUCCGUGAACUCUUAGGCCCGCCUAAACAGACCGCUCUCCCGUGCAUGUACGUGAACCCACCGGUGAACUCGACGGCGCAAUCAGUCGCGGAGUCGGAAGCGGAACGAGCCCUGCAGAAGAACUGGCCUAUGUUCCCGCGUGGGCCGCUGAGAGACUACCUAGAUGCUUAUGUGCGGAUGAAUCAUCGAGCCCCGGGUAUCGAGGGCCUCAGGCUUGUGGGUGUAUGCAUCGAACUGGGCAAUUUCGGCCACUUAAUACUCGGUAAAGUGUCGAUUGAUGGACUGAUCGAUGCAUGUUUCCUUCUUAUACUUCUUUUUUUUUCUUUUCUUGGAGAGUCUUGCUGCACUGGAUGGCUAUGA